AUGGAUAUCGUCUAUAGUCAGUACGACGAGAUUGACAUAUACAACAUCUAUGAACCCAAGUGCCUUCUAAACCAGAGUUCAGCGUCUUCUGAAAAUCAUGCAUUCUCCAUGAAUGGUCAGGAGAAGUUCAGGAGGAGGAUACGGAUGUUCUCUGGCUACGAUCCGUGCUACUCAUCCUAUGCUGAGGACUACUUCAACAAGAAGGAAGUGCAGAAGGCGUUUCAUGCUAAUGUCGUCAGUGGAUCGCUUCCAGUGAAAUGGCAUGUCUGCAGUGAUCCCAUCCUGAAUUCCUACAAUUUCUCCGUAUUCUCGGUCCUACCCAUAUACUCUAAGCUCAUAAAAGCAGGACUGAGAGUUUGGCUCUACAGUGGUGACGCAGAUGGUAGGGUCCCAGUGAUCGGCUCCCGGUACUGUGUGGAAGCACUUAAGCUGCGGAUGAAGACCCAGUGGCAACCCUGGUACCUGGACAAACAGGUUUCUGGGAGGUUUGUGGAGUACUAUGGGAUGAGCAUGGUGACGGUCAGGGGUGCAGGUCACCUGGUGCCCCUUAACAAGCCUGCUGAAGGGUUGACACUGAUCAACACAUUCCUCCGUGGUGAGCAGCUUCCCACACACGGUAGAACGUUUAUAGAUGGUGCGGUGGGAUAG